AUGGAUGCUAUUAUUACCAUAUUCGCAAGGAUUGGAUAUUAUCUGACAACUCCAGUCGGAAAUCGACUGAGCUAUCUCUAUGAUUAUCGUAAGAUUGUAAAGAACCUGCAAGAGCAAGUUGAGGAGUUGAAUGACAUGAGAAUGGAUGUAGAGCAGUCUAUCAAUGAAGCCAAAAGAAAUGGCAAAGUUAUCAAGGUUACUGUCAGCAAAUGGUCGGGAGCUGUUGAGAGCACCAUAGCUGAAACAGAUUCGUUAAUUCACAAAGUUAAUUUGGACAAGAGAUGUCUGAGAGGCUGCUUUCCUGACUGGAUUGCGCGUUAUCAGUUGAGCAAGGAGGCAAUCGAAAAAACAGCGAUUGUAAUGGAACUUCAAGAAUUGCAGCCCAGAGAAGAUAUAUACAUCACAUUGCCCCCCCUGAAUAUUGAAAUCCUUCCAGAGCACUUAACACCAGCUGAAAACUGGGCUGAGCUUGUCACUUUAGGAGCAAGCACAUCAACCACGAAUGAGAAAAGCAGAGCUGAAGAUGUUAUUUCAGGAGCAAGCAUAUCAACUCUUAAUCAGAAAAACAGGUCUGAAGAUGUCAAUUUUGGAGCAAGCACAUCAAUUCUGAUUGAGGUUAGCGGGGCUGGAGAUGUUACUUCGGGAGCAAGCACAUCAACUCUGAAGCAGAAAAGCAGGGCUGAAGGUGUCACUUCAAUAGCCAGCACAUCAGUUAUGAAUGAGAAAAGCAGGGCUAAAGAUGCCACUUCAGGAGCAAGUGCAUCAGUAACCAGUGUGAAAAGAAAAGCUGAAGCUGUCACUUUCGGAGCAAGUAAACCAACUGUAAAUGAGAACGUUGUCCUGCAAAAGAAAACAGUUAGUGAGAUCAUUGCUCAGCGGAGAGGAUUGGUAAAUCAGAUUAUUUCCCACCAAAGAGAAGCUGUGGAUCAGAUCUUUGAUGCAUUGCAGGAUGACAACUGUGCAAUCAUAGGAAUGUACGGGAUGGGGGGCAUAGGUAAGACGACUCUGGCAAAGGAAAUUGGUAGGAUGGCUGAAACUAGUGGCCUUUUCAAUAAGGUGAUUUUUGCUGUUGUUUCGCGAAAUAUAGAUGUGAGAAAAAUUCAAGGUCGAAUUGGGGAUAUGUUAGGUCUAUAUUUCCAGGAGGAGAGUGAAAUGGGAAGAGCUGGUCGGCUUUUUGAAAGGCUAACUACCCAGGAAAGAAUCCUGCUUAUAUUGGAUGAUGUUUGGAAUUUUGUUAAUUUCAAAGAAAUUGGAAUUCCUGUCAAUUUUGAGGGCAAGGGUUGUAAGAUUCUGAUUACUACUCGUCAAAGAAAUCUAUGCAGCACUAUGGGGCUUAGAAAAACAAAGGAAAUUCCAUUGAGACUCUUGUCAGAUGAUGAAUCCUGGAACCUGUUUAAAACUAACGCAGGGUCAUUGGCUGAUACAUUUUCUCCCCAACAAGAUGAUGUCGCCAUGAAGGUUGCUAGAGAAUGUUGUGGGCUCCCAUUGGCACUUGUAACGGUUGGGAGAGCACUGAGAAACAAAGAUCUGGAGCUUUGGAAAGCUGCACUUCAGCAACUAAAGAAGUCCAAACCAUUGAACAUCAACUGCAAUGAAGAAAAAGACAUUUUCUCAUGCCUAAAGUUGAGCUACGAUCAGCUGCAAAGUGAGGACGCUAAAGAAUGUUUUCUAUUGUGUUGCUUGUUUCCUGAGGAUCAUGAUAUAAAAAUUGAAGACAUAGCCAGAUAUGGACUGGGAAAAGGAAUGUUUACAGAUGUAGACACAAUGGAGGAAGCAAGAAGAGAAACACGAUGGAUAAUCAGAAACCUUACUGACUGUUGCUUGCUUCUGGACAGCAGUACGGAAGAUUCUGUAAGAAUGCAUGAUAUGGUUCGUGACUUUGCCAUAUCAAUUGCAUCUACAAGGGAACAUGGUUUCGUCAUAAAACCAGGUCUUGGCUUGAAGGAGUGGCCAAAUCAGGAGACUCUUGAACGCAAUGCAGUAAUCAUUUCUCUGAUGACUAAUCAUAUUCAGUCACUUCCUGAGCGCCUAAUUUGUCCCAAGCUCGAAAUUUUGUUGUUGGGGGAAAAUGAGGUUUUUGAGAUAAUACCAGAGGGAUUCUUUCUAGGGAUGCCAACGCUCAGGGUGCUGGAUUUAAGUGAAAAAAUUGGUGCUCGCUCUCUAAAUCACUAUUUUGAACCAGACAAAUGGACCUCAAUGCUGUCCAGUUCCUUCAAACUUCCCUCCUCGUUUGAAGCCUUGGUGAACCUUCGGACUUUGCAUUUAAAUCACUGCAAGUUGGAUGAUGUAGCAGUCCUUGGAAAAUUAAAAAGACUUGAGGUUCUAAGCUUCUAUGGAUGUGAUAUUGAAGAAUUACCAAAGGAGAUUGGAGAAUUAGUCAACCUGAGGUUGUUAGACCUCAACUUCUGCCAAAAGCUCAAGACUGUUCCGGCAACCCUGUUAUCGCGUUUGUGUCAAUUAGAAGAACUCUACAUGUGGGAGAGUUUUCAUCAGUGGGCGAUUCAAGGGAUGGUUGAAGACACAAGUAAAGCAUGUCUUUCAGAAAUAACAUCCUUGUCCCACUUGACUACUUUAUGUAUUCAAGUAUCCAAUCCUGAAUCGGUUCCCAGAAAAUUGCAUAUACCUAACGUACAAAAAUUUGAGAUAGUUAUUGGUAAAGGGUAUGAUUCAGUGACAUGUUACCCAAACUCAAGAAGCCUGUCACUCCGAGAAAUUAAGACUUCAAUACCUGAAGGAGUGAAGGACAUACUUCAGAACACAGAAGAUUUGAGACUUUUCUGCUUGUAUGAUGAAAUGAUAAGGAAUAUUUUAGAUGUUGAUCUGGGGACCUUAAACAACUUAAGAUAUCUUAAGGUCGUUGCUUGUAUGGAAACCUCGUUUUUGUUAUCCAUGAACCAAUCUGCAAAUGAUGCCCCUGCAAUCUUGGCAGCUUUGGAAAGUUUACAUCUUCAACUUAUGAACGAAUUGUUCGUUAUAUGUCCAAAAUUACUUCCAGUUGGUUCGCUGCACAAGUUAAAGUUUUUAAAACUUCAAAGUUGCAAGCGGAUGUGGGUAGCAAUCACUGCCACAUUACUCCAGAGGCUACUGAGUUUGGAAGAAGUUGAAGCAACAUGGUGCAAGCAAAUGUCGAGUGUAUUUGACCUUGGCAACAUUAGUUCUGAGAAUCAACAGUUCCUUCUGUCUAAUCUUAGAAUUAUAAGGUUACACGGUCUGGAGAGUUUGAGAACCAUAUGGAAAGGAGGGGUAAAACCACUUCCUCCUUCGGUGCGCCUUGUAAAACUAACAGUGGUUGAGCUCAGCAGCUGCGGGAGCCUAAAAGUUAUCUUUCCAUAUUCCAUUGCUCAAAAUCUACUGCAACUGGAAGUUCUUAAGAUAAACUGGUGCACCAAGUUAGAAAGCAUUGUCGAGAAGAGGCCAGAAGUAUCAGUUGAUCAAUAUCAGCUUGCUUGUUUUCCAAACCUUAGGAUUAUUGAGGUGAGUGAAUGCUCAAGACUGAGAAAGCUGUUUUCAGUUGCUGAGGCUCGAUAUCUUCAACAGCUCAAAGAAAUAAACAUUAGCAGCUGUAAGGAUAUAGUUGAACUAAUAAGCCAUGAUGAGGAAGGAGAAGAAGACACUGAAGACAAAAGAAUUUCACUGCCGGAACUAUACAGCAUGAAGAUCAAAGACAUGUCUAACAUAAAUAGACUCUGUGCAAUGUCUUUUUCUGUUGAUCUACCAUCCCUGGAACAAGUGGUUUUAGAGAAGUGUCCUAACAUGGAAGAGUUCAAUUCUGACCCCCAAAAAUAUGGUGUGGGACAUGCACCAAAACUGAAGGAAAGAGAAACCAAUUUAGAGGACAAGCAUCAGGAGCUAGAACUUCUUCUCAAGCAUAGUGAAUAUCUUGAAGCAACUCAGAACACUGAACAUCCAAAUCCCUACAUUCGAUGCUAUUCAUUCAUUUAUAUUGUACAUGUUGUCUAUGUAGAGUUAUGGAUCACAACUGAAUGUGAUAGAUUGCAAGUAGUUCCUGGUGAGAUAGUUGUUAUACCUCUAGGGUUUCACUUUGUUGUUGACCUUCCAGAUGGGUCUUCACAUGGUUAUGUUGCUGAGAUUUUUGGAACUCAUUUUCAGCUUCUUGAUCUUGGGUGCCCAAUGGUCUUGCGGCUCCAAGGGAUUUUCUUGCUCCAAUGGCCUGAUAUUGAUACAGAAUCUUCUGUUCUUAAUAUAGGAUGA